ACGUUCGCAUGCUUUCCCCCGCACACAAGACGUGAAGGGUGAAGAAACUUCGGCCAGUCUGUGCUGUGCUGUGACUGGACAUGGUCAACACAGAUGGGCGAGUGUCUUUCCCAGCAACCACUUCGGCCAACUCUACUGCUUGUCACAUCCCGACGGAUUUUAGGGAGGCCCUAUCCGACGUGGAGAAUAGUGUGAAUUUUGUUGCACUGUCUAAAAUCUCCAAGCUGUGGUUCUAGAAUCAUGGAUAGCGCGCCGCUCACUACUGAGUCCCAGCCUGAUGCAGGAGAAUCUUUGCAAAACUCUGUCGAUGGUCACCGCGUUGAUGCAGCAAAUCUCUGCCGACUUCGCCGGUUUUUAUGUUUUGGAUCGGAGGGCUCUACAUUCAGCACAAAGGAACCCUCACUGGGGAUGGAGAGCGCGUUGACCUUGAUACAGCUUCUGGAGAAUGGCAAGGGAUGUGAUGUGGUGGAGGAAAUACGUCGGUUUGGUCAAGACGGCACAGCUGUUCGGUCAAACCCCGCGUUGUUUGCUUUGGCUGUAUGCACACAACAUUCGGACGCUAAGACUAAACAGGCUGCUUUCCGGGCCCUGAGGGACAUAUGUCAUGUACCAAGUCAGCUCUUCUCCUUCGUCCAGUACAAGAAAGAGCUGAAGGAUGGAAUGAAGGGUGGAAUGUGGGGUCGCGGCCUGCGCAAAGCUGUUUCGGACUGGUACAACAACCAGGACCCCAUAGCUCUCGCCCAAGCUGUGACCAAAUGCAAACACAGGGCAGGUUGGUCACACCAGGAUCUUCUGAGACUGUCACAUAUGAAGCCGGCCAAUGAAGCUGUUGCGCUCAUUAAUAAAUAUAUAACAAAGGGGUGGAAAGAGGUUCAGGUGGCAUAUGCUGACAAAGAAAACUCUGAAGCGGUUGUCAAAGUCCUGACAUACUUGGAGGCUGUGGAGAAGGCCAAGCACUCAAUGGACGAGUUGGAGGUGAUUCAUCUGAUUGAGGAGCACCGGCUGGAGAGGGAACAGAUCCUCACAAACCACCUCAAGUCCAAAGAGGUAUGGAGAGCUUUGCUGAAAGACAUGCCACUGGCUGCGUUAUUGCGACAUUUGGGCAAAAUGACUGUUGACAAGCUAAUUGCCCCAGGGAGUGCAGAUGUUACUGAAGUCUGCCAGAGGAUUCAAAAUGAGGCUGCUCUGAAAAAGUCAAAUCUGCAUCCGUUCAGCAUCUUGGUGGCGACAGAAAACUACAAGAGAGGCCAUGGUAACAGAAGUAAACUCAAAUGGGAGCCAGAUGGACAGAUCAUUCAGGCUUUGGACUCUGCAUUUUACCAGUGUUUUAAGAAUGUCCAGGCCACGGCUAAACGGUUUGUGAUCGCGGUGGACGUGAGCGCCUCGCUGAGCAGCACCGCCCUGGGGAGCUCUGUCAGCGCCGCCAUGGCAGCUGCCGUCAUGAGCAUGGUUAUCACACGGACUGAAAAGAAUACUCAAUUGUUGGUGUUCUCAGAGGGAAAUGUCCAUCCGGUCCACCUAACAGAUGAGAUGAAUGUUACGCAAGUGAUAUCGGAACUGGUCAAGAUCCCUGAUGGCAGCACGGACUGCGCUCUGCCCAUUCUCUGGGCCUUAGAGAGUGAGACGCCUGCAGACGUGUUCCUCAUCCUUACCAACAAUGAGACCUGGUUUGGAAAGGCCAUUCCUGCAGAAGCUCUCAAGAUGUACAGACAGAAAAUGGGCAUCUCUUCAAAGUUGGUUGUGUGUGGAAUGACGACGACCGGCCUCUCGGUGGCUGACCCAGACGACCGGGGCAUGCUGGACCUCUGUGGCUUUGACUCCAGGGCAGUGGACGUAAUUCACAAAUUUGUCCUGGACCUCAUAUGAGCAUCGCCGUUUCGUCUGUCAGCACAUCAGCAUUACCCUGAGAACAGAUUCUCGUGGAAGGAGAACCUCAAGGUGGGCUGAUCUCUUCUCACACAUGACUGGUGUGCCCAGCAGAGCAGCACCUUCUCAAAAGGAACAAAGCAACUUUUAACUCUCCAUUGACAGUUCUCUUGUUGUCAAGUUUGAUCUACGACGUAUCCUGAUAUCCAGCAGGCUGGAUGAAUUUUCAAUGUUUCAAAACACUGAAGACAUUGAAGAUGUGAAUUUCACUUCUGUGGUUCAUAGAGAUACCAUGUCAUAAACACUCAUUUUGAGAUAUCAACCUUUUAUCAAGACGACAAAGUUGAUAUUUGAACCCCUGGUUGGUUGAUUGUUGAUUGAAAAAAAGCAUGGUAAUGUGGCAUGUUAUUGGAUGUUGAAUGCUGGUCUUUAGACACCUCCUCCUUUUCAGACCUUUCUGUCUGUCCAAUAGUGUUGGUAAAACAUUGUGAAUAUACAGUACUAAGAAAGGGGAGAUGUAUGAAGCAAAAUGUAUCAAGCGCACAAAGUUGGUGUCUUAAUUUGAUGUCUCUUGAUCCAGCAACACAGUAAAUAUACAGUAUAUAUGUAUAAUUUUCUAAUGCCAUGCAUUUGUAAUUGGAGAAGCCAAAACCUUGAUAUGACAUAGUACGACUGGUGAUUGGUGUGCUGUGAUAUCUGCUGGACCCAAAAAUAGUUUUAUAUUUUCAAUUUUAUCAGAAUAAGUGGAGGAAUACAGAGGGAGCAUAGCAAGCGAAGCACAAGGUGCACUUAAACUCUUCAGAUUAAAUAAGUUUACAGCACACUUGCCUGAGCAAGCCUGAUGACGCACCUAGGCGAAACGUGUUGUUCACACUGAAUGGUCGAGCAAAAGGUAAAAUAAGUAUCCGAUAAACUUAUUUCUUUUGAAGUAUUGAACUCUCCUGCGUUACCUUACCAGCACCUAGAAGCUUUGGAUGGAUCUUUGAACUGGUGCACUUAAACAUGUUAUGGGUCCUUUAAAUGACAAGCAAUUUAGUGUUGUAUUGUUGCAAAAGCAAUGAUGAGGACGUGCAGAAAAAGUAGCUGAAUACUGUGUGAAUUUGACUUCAGAUAACCUGUUUAUUUGUACGUCAUAGGAUGUUUGCUUAGAGAUGCCGUUGUAUAUCUAGCCGUUCCUGUAUUUCACCUGCAUAUUUCUUUAUUGCUGUAUUGUGCUUAUGAAGGUCAAAAUCAAGGUCAUUUUGUCUCGACUAACGCUGCUAGACAAGCUAAUUCUGUGAAAGAAUUUUUUUUAUUAUUAUUUUUUUUUAAUAUCACUAAUUGUAGUGUAACAUGGAUAGUUACAUCACUAAUUUAAACUAUGCUAUUGUAGGACUUUGCUACAUUUUUUGUUAUAACAGAAACCCGAAUGUACCUUUUGUUAUAUUUGUUUUACUCCUUAGACUGAAUACACCUUGCUUUAUACAUCUUUAAAUAUUUAACAAAUAA